CCGUGCAACGCCAUUGGCAUUUUGCUUCAAGUCAUGAAAAGAAAUUUGUGCCAGUCUCACGGACCUGGGUGACUUGCACCAGGUAAUUGAGUAGGUGGCCUACUCGAGACAUACACGCACACAGUGCCCUCGGGUGGAACCAAUGUCCCCGUCGCCAGGCUGGUUGGAAAGCUACGCCACUGACCGGCAUAACUGGCACAAUAUCACCACAAAUGGCAGGCUUUCAUACUUUCGCCGGAUCGGCGUCGUGGAGACAUUCUUCGAUAUCGAUGGCUGCGACUUCGAAGGGAGAGCAGACUUGACCAUCCAUUUGCGGGUCGAGCUGAAGACCUCCCUGUCUGUUGAGAGCUUGAAAGAACGUAUUCUGCUGGCGUGGAGUGUUCUGCGACAAGAGCAUGUUCUACUUUCAGCCAAGGUCAUUGAUGCGAAGGACAUUGGGAUCAGAAACCCGGAAUAUGCGCCGGAAGACCGACUUUUCCUACUCCAGGCGGUGUCAACACCCAAAGAGAUGCUGGCUGAGGCGACGAAGCACGCUAGGUUUCUCGAAGACCAUUACGAUGAAGUCGACGCUGACGAGUUCUUCGUCCACACUCAGAACUCGAGUCGAUGUCUCGAUGCCUCUGAAGCACUUGGCAGGCUAUACGUGCUUCCAGUCAAGUCGGACGGACGUGGUGUUUGCCAGCUCGACCUUGUCUUGAUCGCUGCACAUGAAAUCACGGACGGCCUCUCAUCAGCACGAUGGAUAUCCCAUUUCGUGGAUCUUUUGAACACAUCAUCACAGCAACUAACGUCUCAUGCGAGUCACAUCUGCAGAACUUCUGCGGUAGGACGAUUACCGCCAGCACAAGAGUCUUUAUACCCACCCAUGCAAGGCAAUGUUGCGAAACAACGAUGGUCGUGGCUGUUGUCUCGCAUACUUCGGCACACACGCAAUCCACCUCCUGCAUCUUUUCAAAAUCCACUUCGGCGCAAGGUGCCUUUGGACAAGGCGGUAGCUUUGAGCCCCAGAUAUUCUAAGGUCAUCGACUACAGCCGGUUACCACCACUAAACAGCUACCGCAUUCGUGCAAAUCUGAGCCCUGCUGCAACCCGCAGAUUGGCAGAGAUAUGUCGAAGAGCCAAAAUCAGCAUCGGAAGUGGUUCCUUCGCUUUGGUAGCGAUAGUCAUGAUGCUUUUUGAGGAGAGACGCAAUCCUAACGUCUCCGCUGAUCAGCGAUUGCCCUUUGUAGGCUCUUUCCCCAUCAAUCCACGACCAUUCAUCCACGGCACCUCAACGACGGGUAAAGAAGACAGUCUCAUGCUUGCCUUCAGCGACGGCGUCACAUUACCCUUCCUACCAAGUGAUCUCGAUUUGGAAGGAAGAUUGAAAUUGCUGGGCAAGCAAGCAACACGACAAUUACGGCAGUACCAGAAACGUCCGAGGAGUCUGGAAGAAGAAAUUCAUAUGGGUUCCAAAAGUCCUACACAGUUAUUCCCGCUGCUAUAUCUAGCUACAAUGGAACGUCGCGAGACGAGGAGUCGGCCAGAGAGAAAGCGUGGUUGGGAUAUCCAAGGUGGUUAUCCUGCAAAGACCUCCGCCACACUGGCCACCUGCGGCGUGAGUUCUGUUGGGGCACGGGGUUCCAUCCUGUCAUCCGGUAAACAUGAUACGAGUCGUCUACCACCGGGUGUGGAUGUCGUGGCAGACUUUCGUAAGCUCGAUACAAGUGUGAGAGCAAGGGAUGGUGAAUUUCUCGUUGGUGUCGUUGGCGACCAGGAUUGUAUUCGAUUCGGCGUCAGCUACGAUGGAUGCGGCAUUGAUCCAGAGCUUGCAGAGGAGUUCAAGCACGUUCUGGAAAGCAUCCUGGAGCCCCCGGAAGCACCAGCACCAAAGCUCUGAACUAUUUCGGUGUCCCUAGGGAAGCAUCCAGCGUAAACCAUAAAUUAUCACCGUUGCCACUGAGACGUGUUGCGAAGCUAACCCGCUCCAGCAUUGUACUUGCAGCUCGGGCGCCUCAAGUAAUAUGCGACAGUUCGUCAGUGUUAGGUGCACGACCACUCCAUUGCCAAUUGCCUGUGUAAUCAGGAUCUUGAUGGUGCUUGCCUGGUCGGUAACGUUGAAAAGAUGUAGGACGAUUUGGAUCACGUGAUCUCGCGCUCAUCGUAAAUGCGCGUGCAAGACGCGUAAAUCAAAAAUGAAUCAAGUGCGGGCAUUCC